AUGGAUGUUAAUGCUACGCUAUCAGGACGCAACUUCAUAGACUUGCGCAUCUUAACGCAGAAACUUCUCUCUUCGGCGAACCGGUCCCAGCAAUUUCUGGACAAUGAAACGGAGAGCGUCUCCGAGGAGGAUUUGGACGUGAAUACAGACAUCUAUUCUAAGGUUUUGGUUACUGUGAUUUAUCUUGUGUUGUUUGCAAUCGGAUGUUUGGGGAACUCGAUCACCAUGUACACACUUCUCACGAAGAAAUCUCUACAAAACCUCCAGAGUACGGUGCACUAUCACCUGGCGAGUCUGGCCAUAUCCGAUCUGCUCAUCUUGAUCCUCUGCAUGCCCAUUGAGUUAUACAACUUCAUCUGGGUGCAUCACCCGUGGGCUUUUGGGGAGGCUGUUUGUAAAGGGUACUACUUUCUGCGGGACGGCUGCUCGUAUGCGACGGCGUUCAACAUCGCCAGCCUAAGCGUGGAGCGCUUCAUGGCCAUCUGCCACCCGUUUAAGGCGAAGAGCAUCAUGUCGCGGAGCCGCACCAAGAAACUCAUCAGCGCUAUGUGGGUCGCGUCUUUUCUCCUGGCCACUCCGAUGCUCUUCACCAUGGGACAGCGACUGAUCAAAGACGAAUUUAUAUGCACCACUAUCGUGUCCUCGAUAACUGCUAAAUCCGUCCUACAGGUGAAUGCCUUCCUGUCCUUUGUGGUUCCCAUGGCAGUGAUCUCAGCAUUAAAUGGAGUCAUAGCCAGUCAGCUGCUGCGCAUGUUUCGGCAGUCUGCUCAGGAUAAUCGCAUCUGCAUCAUCGGACCAUCGGACGCAUCUACAAUGCUUAGUGUUGCCGUUGAACCCAACCGUGCCCAAUCAAUGCGCCAUGGAGUCAUGGCGCUGCGUGCCGUGGUCAUUGCUUUUGUGGUGUGCUGGCUUCCAUAUCAUGCCCGAAGACUAAUGUACUGCUAUAUCACUGAAUGGACACCUGCUCUCUUCGAUUUCUACCACUACUUCUAUAUGUGCACCAAUGUGCUCUUUUAUGUCAGCUCGGCCAUCAACCCCAUCCUGUACAACCUUGUCUCAGCCAAUUACCGGCAAAUUUUUUUUUCCACACUUCGCUACCUAAUCCUGCCAUGCCGCCAUAAGAAACAGAAGCGUGUUCUCACCAGACACUCUAUCAGCAUCUGCAGCAACCAGACCUUCUCCACCAGUGUCAUCAAAGAAACCAUUUACUGAAUGCUGUCAAGAUUCAGCCAUUCCAUUUCUCUGUUUCACUCAGCCAAGGAGAGACCACUGAAGUGAAGAAUGUUUUCAUAUUGAGUUAUUAUUACAAGAAUUCAUUAUGUCCAUGCAACUGAAUCACCAUAUGAAGCUUAUAAAUGUUGCAGAACUGGCAACAGAGACACUUAUAAUGUUUAUGGGAGGAAA